AUGACGUGGGAGGACUUCAAGGCCGAAGUAUAUGACAAGUACAUACCCAAAAGCUACCGCAAAGCAAAGGCAGCCGAGUUUUACAACCUAACUCAAGGACGCAUGUCUGUGACCGAAUACGACCGCGCGCUUUGUGACAUGACCCGCUAUGCGCCGGAACAGACGGAUACUGACGAGAAGCUGGCCGAUAAGUUUCGUGAGGGCUUGAGACAUGAGAUUAAGAUGGCAUUGGCUGUCCGUGGGAGACUUACGUACGCAGAGGCGCUGGCCCUCGCGCUGGAUGUUGAAGCAGCUAUGCCUAAGGAGGGGAGCGCGGGGAACACUACACUGGCACUACCCCCGCCACGCCCUUCCCAAGAUAAGAGGAGGUGGGACGAGAGUAGGAACCACUACGACAACAAGCGAUACCGCUCCACCCAGAACCGACCGCCGUACGGAGGAGGGCAGACUUCGCCCAACCAGAGGAGUGACCCCCGGGCCAGACCACCCCAAUGCAAUGUUUGCGCCAAGUACCAUUUCGGGGAGUGUAGAGUGCCGAACCCGACUAAGUGUUUCAACUGUGGGGGAAACGGUCAAUUCUCUAGGGAGUGUCCGAGCAAGAACGUAGGAACCGGGUCAAGGCAGAACAAUCAAGGAUUCCGUCAACAGCCGAGGGCGCCACCAACGGGAUCGGGAGUGAACCGGGAUCAACCUCAGCCUUUUCGCCCAAGACUUCCCGCCCAAACUAGAGCGUACGCCCUGAGCCAGAAGCAACCUAGAAUUGAGCAAGGGAGUCACGAGAAUGGAAACUUGGCAGGUAUAGGCGAAAUCCUCGACACCCCCAUUGUUGUGUUGUUUGACACGGACGCAUCGCAUUCUUUUAUAUCUGAAUUAUGUGUGCAUACUUUGAGCUUGCCUGUUAGACAAUCUGAACAUAGAAUGAUGGUGUCCUCACCAGUAGAAGGGAUAGUAGAGAUUUCCCGAACUUGCUCGAACGUAGAGUUUGUACUAGGAGAACUUAAGUUAGUCACUCACGACCUGCAAGUUAUGGCGAUGGGAGAUAUCGACAUAAUCUUAGGAAUGGACUGGUUGACCGUGAACUUUGUGACGAUUCGUUGUAAGGAGAGACAGAUAUCCCUACAAGCUCCGGGUAAGGAACCCAUUGUGUACCACGGAAUCUCGAUGAACCGGCGAACCGCUAUAAUCUCUGCGCUACAAGCCACCGCGAUGAUGAAGAAAGGACGACCUGCCUACCUCGUCUAUCUCCAUAGAGAGGAGAAGGAGGAAAGGAAGAUAGAAGACGUCGUUGUUGUGCGAAAUUUUCCCGACGUUUUUCCCGAAGUGUUACCUGGACCGCCGCCGGAUCGACAAUUGGAAUUCACAAUCGACCUCGAACCUGGAGCUGCACCUGUAUCCAAGGCACCGUACUGA